CAACCCCGCGCCACCUCGGCCCGGGGGGCCCCCUGCCUCUCGACCCGCGACCCUUCGUCCGCAGCUCGGCGCGGCGGCCAUGGCGAGGCCUCGGCGGCGGGAGGCCGGCGUCGGGGCCCGCGGCGCGCUGGCGCUGCUGGUCCUGGCCGUGUGCUCGCCGGGCACCAGGAGCCGGGAGCUCGAGUGGUACUCGGCGGUGGUGCGCACCGAGUACGUGGACCCGCACACGAACCUGACGGUGCGGAGCGUGUCGGAGAGCGGCCGCUUCGGCGACAGCUCGCCUAAGGAGGGCGCGCAGGGCCUGGUGGGCGUCCCGCGCACGCCGGCCGGGGACCUGGAGGGGUGCGCGCCGGACACGCGCUUCGGGCCGGCCGCCGGGGACCGGGGCGCCGCGCCCUGGGUGGCCCUGGUGGCGCGCGGGGGCUGCACCUUCAAGGACAAGGUGCUGGUGGCGGCGCGGAGGAACGCCUCAGCCGUGGUGGUGUACAACAAGGAGCUCUACGGGAACCUGACGGCGCCCAUGUCCCACGCGGGAACAGGAAAUAUAGUGGUCAUUAUGAUUAGUUACCCAAAAGGAAGAGAAAUUUUGGAUCUGGUGCAAAAAGGCAUUCCAGUCAAAAUGACCAUCGGGAUUGGCAUGCGCCACGUGCAGGAGUUCAUCAACAGUCAGUCUGUGGUGUUUGUGGCCAUCGCCUUUAUCACCAUGAUGAUCAUCUCCUUGGCCUGGCUUAUAUUCUACUACAUACAGCGCUUCCUGUACACGGGCUCACAGUUUGGAAGGCAGAGUCAUAGAAAGGAGACUAAGAAAGUUAUUGGCCAGCUUCCACUUCACACUGUAAAGCAUACGGAGAAGGGAAUUGACGUUGAUCCUGAAAAUUGUGCAGUGUGUAUUGAAAAUUUUAAAGUAAAGGAUAUUAUCAGAAUAUUGCCAUGCAAGCAUAUUUUUCAUAGAAUAUGCAUUGACCCAUGGCUUUUGGAUCACCGAACGUGUCCAAUGUGUAAACUUGAUGUCAUCAAAGCCCUGGGAUAUUGGGGGGAGCCUGAGGCUGUGCAGGAGCUGCCUGCUCCCGAGGCCACCCCAGGAAGCGUUUCUCCGGUGACUCUGCAUGUGAGUCUGCAAGACGAGGAUGACAGAAGUCACCCGGGCAGCUUGCUGUCGGCAUCCACAAGCGAAGCUGUGCCGCAGGACCCCGCCGGCUUGAAGGAGGACGCAGGAGAAAGCACAGCAUUGCUCGACACUGGCAGGAGUGACCCGCAGCACGCAGGACCUGACUCCUAGCACAUGUUCGUGCUGACAGCGUCUCGGAUACAACUUUGGCUUGAACUAAAGGACAUUUUUAUUUUUUUUAAGCACAUAGUUUGUAUACUUGAAAGCAAUGUCCAUUAUUCUACCUUCAGGUUCUGAUUUAAUAUGUGAAAGGCUAAGAUAUUUUAUUCUUACAGAAGUUUUUGAUUAGUCUUCAUAUUUAUCUACUAAAAUAGCAUUUAGGAUAAUUGUGCUUUCAGGUUGUCACAAAGGUGACACCAAGUGAGGCACUCUACUGAAAGGCAGGUGUGCUUCCAAAUACCAGACUAGCUACAUGAUACGGCAGAAACAAGAUAAUCCUAUUUCUGAAGGUUUUUUAAGUCUGAACACACAGAUUUGUUUAGAUAAUUGAGAUAGAAUUGUUUAAUUCAGUAAUUGGUCAUAUGGGCUUUCCCUGGCGGAAAGACAUUUUAGGAAAUUUACAGUUAGGAGAUGAGAAAUCUGCAGCCUUCUUGCACUUCUGUAUGCACAUAGAGAUUUCAGACCUGGGACACCUUAUCCUUGUUUGGAAUUAGAGAGCAGCACUAGAGGACUUUGGGAUUUACACUUUUCCCUUUUAUUGCAUUUUUUCUUAUGACACUUUUGGGAAAAUUUGUCCAGUGUUUCCUAUAAAUAAAACUAAGAUUCCUUACUAUACAUGA